UUUUGGUGGUCGUCUUAUCUUCACUAACAAUUUGAUUAUCAAUUUCCAUUGAUUAACAUAUUCUUUAUAUGUUGGUAAAAUUGCAAAAACAAUAACAGCCCAUGUUUCGUAUAAAUUUUUGAUGUAAUUUUUUUUUGUUUAUUUGUUUUGUUUUGAUUUGGUUUGGUUUUUACUCUCUUCAUUAUCAUCGUGUAUGUGUUGUGAAUGGAUACGUUCGAUAAUCAGGUUCAAUCAUUUUCACGUAGCUUAAAUCGUUUAUUUCUGCCUAUCAUUAUGGAUCCAUUUAAUUCAUUUCAACGAUCACCUAUAAAGGGAACAUUUUUACAUUUCAUAUUGUUCACAUGUUCAAUGUUAACUGUAAAUUGGCUACCGGAGAUUUGUUUCCUUUAUAAUCUUUUAUUCUUUCUCACACUAUUAUGGGCAUUGGAAUCGAAAGAGAAUCCUGAACCAAUACAAUUUGCUGCUAUUAUUAAUUUAUUGGCCAUAUUAUUCGAUAUAAUAGCAAUGUCCACUAAUUUUAAUCAUAAUCAUUAUCGUGAAGGAUUUGGAUUCAGUAUCUUCCUACUUAUCUGUAAUAUACUGGUACGUCCAUUUACAACAUUUGUAUUAUUACGAAUCUAUAGUGAUCGUGAUAUUCGACAAACAUUAUAUGGUGGCGGUACAACAACAACAUCAGGAUCUGGUAUCCAUAAUCCAAAUCAUGAUCAAUUUAAUGUAUUUGGUAAUCGUACUGGUUAUCAAGAUCUAGAUAGUCAACCACAACAAUCAAAUGGACCAUCAUCAACAGCAACAACAACCGCAGCAUCAGCCAUUGUCAAUAUGCCAUAUCAAUCGGUACCAGAACCGAUUUCUCAACAGCAGCUUAUUGAUACAACACCAAAUAAAUGAAUCAAUUUCUCAAGAAAAUAUUCCAUAACCUUCUCAUCACCCAACCCAAAAAAACAAACAAACAAACAAUAAACCACAUGUCAAACACACCACACACAC